AUGGCGUCCCCGCUGCUGCAGCUGCUCCUCCAGGGCGUGUGGGCCGCGCUCACCGGCGGCUGGUACCACGACCCCGAGCACAGCAAGUUCACCAACAGCUGCCACCUGUACCUGUGGCUGUUUCUGCUGCUGCUGCCGCUGGCCCUGCACCUGGCUUUCCCCCCGAAUGCCCUCACCGUGCUGUUGUACUGUGGCUUGGUGACAAUCUUCUUUGCUGUCAUCAAGCUCGUCAGCUACCGUCUGCACCUCAUGUUCGAUAAGGGAGAAGUGGUCCAGCAAAAGCCCCCCAGGAAACGAGACAAACCAAGGCAAGACAGAGAGGCCGGCAGCCAGCACACGGCCAGCCCCAAACACCCAAGCAGCAAUACCAGGCACAUUCACAGCGGCAAGAAGGAGGAGUUGAGAGGGAACCUGCCCACCCCGCCCCUCCGCUGCAGCUCCAGGGGGCAGAGCGUCCAUUCCCAGCAUUCCUCGGGGCUGUUGGAGUUGUCAGCACAGGAGACGGUGGAUGAUCUCAAAGGUGCUGUUCUGUCAGAAGACCAGCCGGAGGCAGCGGUGGUGUCAGCCACCUCACCUGGCAUCAGGUCAGAAAGCUUGCCUGCUGCUCAGGUGCGCACCCCAGGACAUGUGUCCAGGCCAGCAGGACCAGCAAAGCCACUUACCUCAGAGAUGCUCAUCAAUGGGAAAUGGAAGGAUCAAGGGGCCAUGGGCCGGCGCCCAUCCCGCCAUAGGUCCGAGGGAGGGUUGGUGGACACAGGGACCAUGAAGAAGUUGCCACACCUGUCGCUGUCCCAGUAUGACUUACUAGAAGCCGACGUCUCCUUCCAGCCAUGGAGCAGUGAGAAUUCAGUCCUGCUUCCUGAGGCUGUCAGCUGUCACCAAGGUUCUACCAAGGGACAGUUCCAGAGCAUGAUGCCACAGGAUAGCCUGAGCAGUAGCUGCCAACAGUGCAACACAGUCGUGGCUGAACCCACCUGGGAGCCAGCCAGCACACCUUGUCACGUGGAUCCACCCUCGAACCAGGAAGGAGAUCACUCGGAUGGGGAGGUCACUGUGACGCUGGUUGACACCUCCCAGCCUGGAGAGCCGCUGAGUCUGCAUGAGCCCAUUAAAAUCGUAAUCACCAUGAGCAGCACCCCAAACUCCAUGAGUGACAUGGAGAGCUCCCUACAUCUGAAGGUGACCAGCUCAGAUAGGACCGGCUUCAGGCCAGAUGCAGAGCCAGCGGGCCCAGCAAUGGCCAGUUCUGCUGACUCUGAACCAGUCAGAAUUCCCAUGAUCACUCUGGAGUUGUCUGAGGAGAGAGGAGGAGGUGCCUCUUGUCCCCAAGACAAUGAGAGUGAGAGGACUCCCAAGAGACUACAGGUGGAGAUGUCCCCUAAUUUAUGUUCUGGCUACGGAUCUGGGGACACAGAGAGUGCCACCAAAGACUGUAGUCCUGCCCCAAGGUGCGUCCGGGAGCCAGGAGUGGCCUCUGAGCCUGAAGAGGGCCGGGAGGACCAGGCUGACCUUGACCCCACCUCUUGGAAGAACAGUCACGAGAGGAGACACGCUCGCGUGCUCAGCGUGGACAGCGGGACCGGAGUGUUCUUGAGCAGAACUUCCACAGAGGCUGUCAACGACAGAGAGAGGCCCAUCCCAACCUCCAAGUCAGACUUGGAGGCCAAGGAGGGACAGAUUCCAAAUGAAUCCAACUUCCUGGAAUUUGUCUCUCUGUUGGAAUGCAUCAGCACAUCCAAGGUGGUGCCCUCCAACGGGGUGCAGAGCUCGGUGGAGCAGAACGAGGCAAGCCGGGCCCCAGAAGAUCACGCCUCCCAAGGGAGCAAGGAGAAAGCAGUGGAGAGCGAAAAGCCUUGCAGACACGACCCCAAGCCAGGAAAACCAGACUUGCCAAGCCGAGACCACGCAAGGGCCAGCCCUGUGCUCACACAGCCCACCAAAACCACGGCGUCUUUCCAGGGCAAUCGACAAAGACAGAUCAUCUACAGGGUAACUUCCCAACAAGACAGCUCGGUCUUACAAGUCAUCAGUGGCCCGGAGACCUCUGUGCAAGAGGACACAUCUGUGGACGCCAUGCACGUCUUCAUUGACGAACACGGGGAGAUCCGAUCCUGUUACUUGAAGUCUGGGAAUCAGAAAGAAGGUUCCUUCCAGCAUCCCCCCUCGAAUCACGCUCGGGAGAUCCUGCUCAGCUCCUCCAGUACCACAACCUCGGGGAGUCCAGACCCAUCCUCCGGGGACCCUGCGGUCAGUGCCCUUCAGCAGCAGCUCUUACUCAUGGUGGCUCGGAGGACACAGUCGGAAACUCCACGGCAUGCCUGUCGGGAUCUGGAAGAUUCAUCCUGCUCUUCAGCCCAAGGAAAAUUUCACCGCGAGCAGUUUUACAAAUUCGUCAUCUUCCCCGGCAAGUGGAUGAAGGUCUGGUACGAUCGACUCACCUUGUUAGCGCUACUGGAUCGAACCGAAGACGUCAAGGAGAACUUGGUGGCGAUUUUGCUGAGUGUCCUGGUUUCCCUCUUGGGCUUCCUGACUCUGAACCGUGGCUUCUGCAAAGACCUGUGGGUCCUUCUCUUCUGUCUGGUCAUGGCCAGCUGCCAGUACUCCCUGCUUAAGAGCGUACAGCCCGACCCUGCCUCUCCAAUACACGGACACAACCACAUCAUAGCCUAUAGCAGACCCAUCUAUUUCUGUGCACUGUGUGGCCUGAUUUUGCUUCUUGAUGCCGGGGCCGAAGCCAGGCACCUUCCCACCUACUCUGUGUACGGCCUGAAGCUCUUCUCUCCAGAGUCCCUGCAGUCAGUCAGGGACCACUUGAUAGGGUUUCUGUGCUGCUUCCCCGCCAUCUCCCUGCUCGGGCUCUUCCCGCAGAUCAACACCUUCUGCACGUACCUGCUGGAACAGGUGGACAUGCUGCUCUUCGGAGGCUCUGCUGUUUCUGGGAUGAUAUCCGCCGUGCACAGCGUAGGCCGCAGUGUCCUGGCAGUGGCUCUACUCCACGUGCUCUGCUUCAGCGCUGUGAAGGAGCCUUGGAGCACACAGCACAUCCCCGCGCUGUUCUCGGCUUUCUGUGGCCUGUUGGUUGCGCUGUCUUACCACCUGAGCCGGCAGAGCAGUGACCCAUCCGUGCUUCUGUCCUUUAUUCCAUGUAGAUUCCUUCCUAAAUGUUUGCAUCAGCAUGUGGAAGAGGUGGCCGCAGACCCUUUCCCCCAGAGGAUGAAGGAUUCAGUGAAGGACAUCCUGAGAUCGGACCUCGUCGUCUGCUCAGUGGCCGCCAUUCUCUCGUUUGCACUCAGCGCGAGCACCGUGUUCCUGUCCUUAAGACCAUUUCUCAGCAUCGUGCUCUUUGCCCUGGCAGGCACCGUGGGGCUCGUCACCCACCACCUGCUCCCUCAGCUCCGCAAGCACCACCCAUGGAUGUGGGUGUCACACCCCGUGUUCAAGAGUAAGGAGUACCAGCAGCAGGAAGCCCAAGACGUCGCCCAUUUAAUGUGGUUUGAAAGACUCUAUGUUUGGCUUCAGUGUUUUGAGAAGUAUAUCUUGUAUCCAGCCAUAAUUCUGAACGCCCUCACCAUUGAUGCCUUCUCAGUAAGCAAUUACCGGAGACUCGGUACCCACUGGGACAUUUUUCUGCUGACCACGGCUGCCAUGAAGCUGCUGCGGGCCUCGUUCUGUAACCCGGCUCACCAGUUCAUCCACUUGGGUUUCACGGUCAUCUUCUUCCGCUUUGAUUACAAAGGCAUUUCCGAGAGCUUCCUGCUGGACUUCUUCAUAGUGUCCAUUGUCUUCAACAAGCUGGGGGACCUUCUUCACAAGCUGCAGUUUGUCCUCGCCUACGUGGCCCCGUGGCAGAUGGCUUGGGGGUCUUCCUUUCACGUGUUUGCUCAGCUCUUCGCCGUACCCCAUUCUGCCUUGCUUUUCUUCCAGGCGUUCGCCUCGGCGCUCUUCUCCACGCCCCUGAGCCCAUUCCUGGGCAGUGUCAUUUUCAUCACGUCCUACGUCAGGCCAGUGAAGUUCUGGGAGAAAAGCUACAAUACAAAACGCGUGGAUAAUUCCAAUACGAGGCUGGCUGUCCAAAUGGAAAGGGAUCCAGGGAAUGACGACAACAACCUCAACUCCGUAUUUUAUGAGCACCUGACGAGGACCCUGCAGGAGUCGCUCUGCGGAGACCUGGUCCUCGGUCGCUGGGGUAACUACAGCUCUGGGGACUGCUUCAUUCUGGCUUCAGAUGACCUCAACGCCUUUGUCCAUCUGAUUGAGAUUGGAAACGGUCUUGUCACCUUCCAACUUCGAGGACUGGAGUUCCGAGGAACCUACUGCCAGCAGAGGGAGGUGGAGGCCAUCAUGGAAGGCGAUGAGGAUGACAGAGGCUGCUGCUGCUGCAAGCCUGGCCACCUGCCCCACCUGCUGUCCUGCAACGCCGCCUUCCACCUGCGCUGGCUCACCUGGGAGGUCGCCCGCACGCAGUACAUCUUGGAGGGCUACAGCAUCCUCGACAACAACGCGGCCACCAUGCUGCAGGUGUUCGACCUGCGCAGGAUCCUCGUCCGCUACUACGUCAAGAGCAUAAUAUACUACCUGCUCGCUUCCCCCAAACUCCUGUCCUGGGUCAAGAACGAGUCCCUGAUGAAGUCUCUGCAGCCUUUUGCUAAGUGGCAUUACAUCGAGCGUGACCUUGCAAUGUUCAACAUUAACAUCGAUGAUGACUAUGUCCCGUGUCUGCAGGGGGUCACCCGGGCGAGUUACUGCAAUGCUUACCUGGAGUGGAUUCAGUUCUGUGCAGGGAAAAGACAGGAGCCCUCAAAGGCCCUGGACAGUGUGGACAGUGAUGAGGACUCGCCCUUGGUGACACUGUCCUUUGCCCUGUGCAUUCUGGGAAGGAGAGCUCUGGGAACCGCAGCACACAAUAUGGCUAUCAGUCUGGACUCCUUCCUGUAUGGUCUCCACGCCCUCUUCAAAGGUGACUUCCGGGUCACGGCGCGGGACGAGUGGGUUUUUGCAGACAUGGACCUGCUGCACAAAGUCGUCGUUCCGGCCAUCCGGAUGUCCCUGAAACUGCAUCAGGACCAGUUCACCUGUCCCGAUGAGUACGAAGACCCUGUGGUCCUCUACGAGGCUAUCCAGUCCUUCGAGAAGAAAGUGGUGAUCUGCCCCGAGGGUGACCCGGCCUGGCGGGGCGCAGUGCUGUCCAACAAGGAGGAGCUGCUGACCCUGAGGCACGUGGUAGAUGAGGGCGCUGACGAGUACAAGGUCAUCAUGCUGCACAGGAGUUUCCUGAGCUUCAAGGUGAUCAAGGUGAACAAGGAGUGUGUGCGUGGACUCUGGGCAGGGCAACAGCAGGAGCUCAUCUUCCUGCGGAACCGCAACCCGGAGCGUGGAAGCAUCCAGAAUAACAAGCAGGUCUUGCGGAACCUCAUCAACUCCUCCUGCGACCAGCCCUUGGGCUACCCCAUGUACGUCUCCCCACUGACCACGUCAUACCUGGGCACCCAUAGGCAGCUGCAGAGCGUCUGGGGCUGGCCCGUCACGCUGGACAGGAUGAGGACCUGGUUCCGGGCCAGGUGGCUGAGAAUGCGGAAGGACUGCAGUGCUGGGCAGCAGCACAGCCGAGGCACUGCUGAGGAGGCCGAAGGUGGUGGGGCCCCAUCAGCGGGUGGCAGUCACGCCCCUAGCGGUGACAGCCAGGAGAACAGCAUGGAGCAACCCAGGAAAGAGGGUGCACAGCGCUGGGCCUCACCCCGUGGAGGAGCUCCAAGUGCAGGCAGGCGGAAGGGCAGGAGCCAGUCUGUCCAGGCACACUCGGCAUUAUGUCCAAGGCCACCCACCCUGAGCUCGUCGGGGCCCAUUCUAGAGAACCGCCAGGCCUUUCUCCAAACAUCCACGUCUGUGCAUGAGCUGGUCCAGAGGCCUUCAGGCAGCCAGCUCUCCUUGCACACCUCAGCCGCAUCCCUGCACUCUCAGCCGCCACCGGUCACCACCACAGGCCACCUGAGUGUGCGUGAGCGGGCUGAGGCGCUCAUCCGGUCCAGCUUGGGCUCCUCCACCAGCUCCACCCUCAGCUUCCUCUUCGGCAAGAGAAGCUUUUCCAGCGCACUGGUCAUCUCCGGACUCUCCGCGGCCGAGGGGGGCAACACCAGCGACACCCAGUCAUCCAGCAGCGUCAACAUCGUGAUGGGCCCCUCAGCCAGGGCUGCCGGCCAGGCCACACGGCACUUCUCGGAGUCUUCCGAGCACAGCGAUGCGGAGCCCGGGCAGGCUCAUGAGCAGCGUCUGGCAGAGGUCGUGGCUGAGAACCUGGGAGUGCUGUGCCGAAGAGCAAGCCAGGAGGACAUGGGCCUGGAUGACACGGCUUCCCAGCAGAGCGCCUCGGAGGAGCAGUGACAGAGCGGCGUCUGGCUGGAGAACCACUGAUACUCCACAUUUGCCUACCCCACACCAUGAGGCGCUCUUCCCAAGGAGAAUGGAGAGCUAUUCUAGAAAGCAACUGUUAUCUCAGGGUCUUGAAACAACUCUCACUUGGUUAGAGAGGAGAGGGAGACACCAUGCCUCCUUUCCUAAGCACCGCACAAGAACUGGGUAUUUCACACCAAAGCCACGUGAUUGCAUCAAACACCACGAGCCAGCAGGGCCUGUGAGCAAGUCCCUCCUGCCUAGGUGAAAGUAGACCAGCUGCAUGUUAAAUAACCGGCAUUGUAUACAUCACCGUCACCUCCAGAGAGCCAUGCAGAGCGGCUUAUGUGAGGCCACCAGCAGGUCAGGCACACUGAGGCUUAAGUGCAAAUGGAAAGACAGCCUUGUUGCUUUAUCAUAUUUGCACAGCUGUAAGUGUAAGCUGUGGCCUCACUAGCAGAAGCCUGACGUACAUCCAUCAGGCCUUCAGUAUUCUGAGAGGAGCCAGGACUCCCCAGGAUGGAGUUUAGAAAAGGCGGGCAGAGCAGGCCACCUGAGUGACACCCUUAGACCUGCCCAGUGAUUACCUGGCCACCCAGGACCCCUCCGUGCUUCCCAGGAAUGCAUGCUUGUCUUCCAAGCCGAGCAAACCUCCCUCUGUACCAUGAGCACACUUGCACACACCUUUGUUUUUGGAAUUAAAAUGUUUACAAUUAUGGCCA